CAAGGAGAUGCUCCGCUCAAUUACAAGAUGAUGAAGGAAGCGGGUGAAUGCGGGAAGGUAGCGGAGAGAAUGCACAGAGGAGUGAUGCGGAUUAUGUUGGUCUAUUUGACUGGGAUUUUUGGUCGUGUGACAGAACGAUGAUCGGACGGGUGACGGGACGGGCCUCUAGAUUGUUGAUAUUGGGACUACAGCCCUUUUUGGACAAUCUCUAAUUCAGGCGUUCUCUGUUUUCUUUUAUUAUCGGCCUAUUUGCGCAGUUGUUGAUUUUAUUAUAUUGGAUUGUUUUGUCGACAACUAUAGACUAUUGGCACAUGGAUAUUAUCAAAGAUUUUGUAAAUUAUUGUUAUUUUUCUUAUAAAGUGUGGACAAGGUAUAUGGUCGCGGCAGCAACGCGCUCGAUACGACAGCAUAUGUACACGGACAGAUCUUCAAAUCAAGGGAACUCCGCUGUAUUUUAAUAAAGAUGUCAACAUUAUUGCAUUAUGGCUGCAACUAUCAAUUGUUUUGCAGCAUCAGCGUUUGAUUUUGGUGCUAUAAACAACAACUCUGCAGCAUUUCUAAUGAUGCCAAACCGAAAGGAGACGGUCGAGCGCGCAAAUUAAGUGUCCUAAGAUAUAAAGCCUAAAAUAACAUUUCAAAAUGGAUGCACUUUGUCCUCGCUGGAUGGUAUUUUUAUGGACGAUUGUCGCCCUGUUUGUGGGUGUCAGCUUCGGCACCAACGAGGCUGAAGUUGAACCAAACACCUCUGGUCCACUGACUCUCCACUUCCCACUGCGGCAGGGUCCUCUCUCCGAAACCCAACCCCCGCACGUGGCCCCGCAACGCUCCUCGAGGGCUGCGCGAAGGCGCAGAGGGGUCAUGGGCAUCAAUUUCGUGGACAUGAUCGACAACCUCCGUGGGAAAUCUGGACAGGGCUACUACGUGGAGAUGGCAGUGGGUUCACCGCCACAGAAGUUGAAUAUUCUGGUGGACACAGGCAGCAGUAACUUUGCAGUCGGGGCAGCUGCUCACCCUUUCCUCUGCAGAUACUACCAUCGCUCACUUAAGCCCCUUUUCUCCGCUGCUGUUCAUAGGUCUAACUCCUACCGCGACCUUGGGCGCAGUGUCUACGUACCCUACACCCAGGGCCGCUGGGAGGGUGAGCUGGGCACUGACCUGGUGUCUGUGCCACAUGGCCCCAACGCCUCGCUCCGUGCCAACAUCGCAGCCAUUACCCAGUCGGACCGCUUCUUCAUCAACGGAUCCAACUGGGAGGGCAUUCUGGGCCUGGCCUACGCCGAGAUCGCCCGGCCUGAUGAGAUGCUGGAGCCUUUCUUUGACUCGCUGGUGCGGCAGACCCCUGUGCCUAACCUGUUCUCCCUGCAGAUGUGUGGUGCAGGGUUCACCCAGAACUACAGCCUGGGCAGUGCUACCGUGGGUGGCAGCAUGAUCAUCGGUGGAGUGGAUUCUUCUCUCUAUGUUGGGGACCUGUGGUACACCCCGAUCCGCCGGGAGUGGUAUUAUGAGGUCAUCAUUGUGCGCAUUGAGGUCAAUGGUCAGGAUCUCAACAUGGACUGCAAGGAGUACAACUAUGAUAAGAGCAUUGUGGACAGUGGCACCACUAACCUCCGGCUCCCUCGUAAAGUGUUCCAGGCAGCUGUGAAGGCCAUCGAGGCAGCCUCGUCUACAGAGCAGUUUCCCUCUGGGUUCUGGUUGGGGGAGCAGCUGGUGUGCUGGCAGGCUGGCACCACCCCAUGGCACAUCUUCCCUGUCAUCUCGCUCUACCUAAUGAGUGAGAACCGCAACCAGUCCUUCCGCAUCUCCAUUCUCCCACAGCAGUACCUGCGGCCCGUGGAGGACGUGGCCUCGGCCCAGGAGGACUGCUAUAAGUUUGCUGUGUCCCAGUCCAGCACAGGCACCGUCAUGGGCGCCGUCAUCAUGGAGGGCUUCUAUGUGGUGUUCGACCGCCAGAGGAAACGCAUCGGAUUUGCCGUCAGUACCUGCCAUGUGCACGAUGAGUUCCGUACGGCCUCCGUCGAGGGGCCUUUCCACGGCGUGGAUCUGGAGGACUGCGGCUACAACAUCCCGCAGACGGACGAGUCCACCCUGAUGACCAUUGCCUACAUCAUGGCAGGCAUCUGUGCCCUCUUCAUGCUGCCACUGUGCCUCAUGCUGUGCCAGUGGCGCUUCUCCCGCUGUCUCCGCCCAUCUGGAGCUGGGGACUUCGCUGAUAAUAUCUCACUCCUCAAAUGAUAGAAAGGCAUGGAAAUACAGUACACAGGAGAGGCAAGCCUACCAGGAAUGGAGAUGGAGGCUUUUCUAAUGGUUAUUGAGGACGCAUCAGCCUCAUUGAGUAAUGCAGAAACAGAUUAACAUGUAGGAUGGUGUUAGUUGUGGCUUGGGAGGGUAGCACAAUGACCAAACAAGCCCAUGGCCACUUACUUUGGAUUCAUCAAAGGUGGAUAUACCAGCAAGCUGGGUUAAAUGGCUUCCUGGACUCAGUGGACAACUUUAUUGAUAGAAGGGCAUGAUAUAAAUAUACAGUAUUUAUAGAUGUGUGUGAGUGUUCGUGAUUGUAUGAGGUGUGUGUAUAUGUAUGUAUGUAUGAACAGCACCAGUCAAAAGUUUGGA